AUCUCCGAUGCCUCCGUCCCCGGCAUGCCCAUCGUCUUCGCCUCCGAGGGCUUCUUCAAGAUGACCGGAUACGAGCCGGCGGAAAUCCUGGGGCACUCGCUGGAGAAGCUCUACGGGGCCGACUCUGACCCAACCACCGUCGCCAUGAUCCGAGAGGCGAUGGAGACCCACCAGGCCGUCAGCACGUGCAUCCUCAACUACCGCAAGGACGGGAGGAGCUUCUGGAACCACCUCAGCCUCCAGCCAGUUAGCGACUCGUCGGGCUCCCUCAGAUACUACGUGGCUACCCAGGUG